GUCCACAGUCGCACCUCUUCUCGCUGCUUCAAGGUAAGCCCGCUCUGCCUGGCGCUGGCUCACACAGGGAGGGCCAAGUCAAGUCUAACAGGACAGUUUUCAGUACCAGAACCAUUUAUUUGUGAUUCAAAAACAUCCUUGUCUGUGGCACAACGGUAAAGCAAUACUUAAGCUCCAGGCUCCAGGCUCCAGGAUGCCCCUGCUGGACUCGUGCUGCCGUUGCGGCUCCCUGAGGACGGGCACCAUCGUCAGCGGCGCGCUGGGCAUCGUGAUCGGCAUCGUGACGAUGAUCCUGGUGCUCGUGACGAAUGUCAAGUUCAAGACGGUCAUCCUGGACUUCCUGCCCAAGGAAGUGUUGAAGAUCAUGCUGGCGGUGAGUCUGUUCAUGACGGCGGUCAUCUCGGCCCUGCUGAUCUUCGGAGCCGCCAAGAGGAACAAGUUCCUGAUGCUGCCGUGGGUGGUGCUGGCCUUCAUGCUGUCCAUCGGCAUCCUGGUGACCAUCAUCUGGGCGGCGGUGGUGUCCUUCAUCGAUGGCUUCGCCCUGCAAGGAGCCCUCAUCCUCUUGUUCGGCCUGCUGGGGCUGGGUGUGUACGUGUACAUGUGGAUGGUGGUGUACAGCUACUUCCAGCUGCUCAUGGAGGAGGGGGGCCGCGGCCCGUACGGCAAGCCCGCCUACUGGAGGUAGAGCGAGCGCGGUGGUAGGGCGUUCGCUGCUCGCCCCACGGGCGCCCUGCUGCAUCGCAAGACCAGCUCUAACUCUCCAGUGACUCCACACGCGGUCCAUCCAGCACAGACAGGCGUGGCAGGGGGGUUCACAUGAUCCCCCAUGAUUAGAGACUGGAAAAAAUUCGCGCUUUUGAUGACCUCUAGGAUAGACUCCACAAUCCCCUGCAUACUCAGGCAAAUGCCACCUGAUCAUUGGUUACCAACUCGUGACACGUGUCAACUGGGACGCUUGCGAUUCGAUACUUUUUUGGUUAAAGUUUUUUUCACUGGCUCAAAGUCCUUCAGAUAAACUUUGAGCCAAUCAGAGAAGCAAUAUAAAGGUACAGUUGUUUGGAUUCUAUCGUAUCGUGAAAUGAAUCCGCGAAUUUUUACUGUCUCUACCUAUAAUCUGCCGUAAGGGUCAGAUUAUCAGAAGGGAUAAGCAGUAAUGUUCAUAGGUAUCAUACAACAUAUUAUUUCCUCACAAAAGAUAUAUUUUAUAACAUUAAAAUUAAAUUUAAAAAAAUGUUUAUAUAGUGUAUAGACUACAAAAAUUUUCAGUAAGCCUUAAUUUUUUUUUAAGGCAAAACUAAAUUUUCCUUCAGUGAUAUGAAAAUUGCUAGUAUUUAUUUUAAUUUAAAACACUUGUAUGGAAAGAAAAUUUGUUUUCAACCUUGGAAUUAUAUCUCCAACGACGAAAAACCUCCCGCCACCCCUAAACACAAAAGUUUCAGACACUUUCAUGUGGUAUUGCAGAAAUGUAUCAUUGUUCCAUGAAGUUAAUGUUACAUGUCUUGAAUGUAUCUGGAAAAAUUGUGCGCUGUUUGGGUAGGAUGUUGUUAGCCGCACAGUGGAUGGAUCGAGAGCACCUCUAGAAAACCAGGGAGCUAUGCCGUAACGUGGAGCGCUAGUUUCUUCCGUACACCGGCGGGGAAAAAAACACUAACCUGCUUCUGCUUGCACAUGAGGACAUUCUGCACAUGCUUAGCGGAGAGCGGUCAAGAGAGGUAAAUGUGCUGUCUACAACACUGUGUUUGGGUGCCUCCGAAUACUUCAACUAUACCGAGCAAGUGCAAGGAACAAGAUUACAUUAUACACACGCAGCUAAACAAUUUACUGGAGAGGCAUCUGAAUGCUAACAAAUUUUUCAUGCCAAAUUUAAAAGUAAAAAAAAUACAAAUCUGGUAGGGAAAAAAAACACAUUUUUUUUAAAAGGCAUUUUAACAUUGUUUCAUCAAAACUAAUUGCAAUACAAUGUACAAAGUGAAAAAAAAAAGUGAAGAAUUAUGAAGUUCAAAAAUAUAGACCACAUUGUUUUUUUGGUUCCGAUUAAUUUUACUUAAAACUUUCAUCAAAAACUUUAACCAGUUAAGCAUUAUAUCACAUUUAGUAUUAUUUAUUUUUUAAUAUAAAUUAAAAUUAUUUGUAGCAAUAAAUUUUCAAUUCUGAUCAUGAUUAUGAAUGUUCCUUUUUUAUCUGCAAAGAUUAUUUAAUGUUUAAUUAAAUAAUGUUGAUGAUCUACACAGUAAUUCAAGUAAAAUUUGAUUUACGCAUUCUAUUUAGUUUGUAAAUUAUUUAACAACAUAAAAUAAAAUGUUUUAAAAUGAAAUAUGAAUGAAUCUACUCAUUUCUAAAAUUUGAUGCAUUCUUUUUAAAGUGACAUUAGAAUGUAGUGGUUGUAUGUGAUGAAAGAGAUUAAGAACUGUUUAAAUAUUUAUGUUUGCUGCAGCUUCCUUCUUUAAUUUUAACUGCCCGUAUUUUCAAUGUAUCGCUUAUACUUUGAUCAUGCAAUUUGAUGCAAAUAACAAUCCAAGUUUGUAUUGUGACUAAAUAGCCUUGCACAUUGUAUGAAUUACCUAUAAUAUGAAGUUAUUGUUUAAUGUAUUUAAUUUAUGGAAUUCAUGCAAGUUGAGUAGACUUUGCAUAUCAUUGUAUCUUCAGUUAUGUUGUUGUUUAUAUGUACCUAGCAGUAUUUGUAUAGUAUUUUUUGCAUAGUAGGUAUAUCUUAAUGUUGUUUUUAGUCAUGAAUGUUAUUUUGUUGAAGAGAAUUGCCAUAUUUUUACAUAUGUUUGUUAUAUUUUAGUAUUUUGUAAUUUAUUAAUUAUAAAGCUUUAUUCUGACUAUCAAUAACCAUUAUAUGGUUUAUAAACAAAUAAACAUGUUUAUAAUUUAACCAAAUAUUGUAAAUAAAUUUUUAAAUGUUGUAUGAAUUUCUUCUUUAAAACCCAACUCUGGUGGUGGGUGUUUGUGUCGGCUCGAAAAGCACAAGUGAAUUAUUUGCGAUUAUUGACUCUUUUGAAAUAAAGUGAAAACAAAACCCAAAAAAUUUAUAAUAUUCUCAAGAUAUUGAAAUUAAAAAAAGGGGAGUUGUCUGU